AUGCAGGCCCUACUAUUCCUGAUGGCUCUUCUCUUGCCUUCUGGAGCUGGAGCUGAGGAGAUUGUUGGUGGUGUGGAGUCUAUUCCUCACUCCCGCCCUUACAUGGCCCAUCUGAAGAUCACCACUGAGAAAGGUUAUGUGACCUUCUGUGGUGGGUUUCUCGUAAGCCGUCAAUUUGUGCUGACUGCUGCACACUGUAAUGGAAGAGAAAUCACAGUCACCCUUGGAGCCCAUGACGUGAGCAAGCGAGAAUCCACACAGCAGAAGAUAAAAGUUGAAAAGCAAAUCAUUCACAAAAAUUACAACUUCUUUUCCAAUAUUCAUGACAUCAUGUUACUGAAGCUUGAAAAACAGGUUGAGUUGACUCGUGCCGUGGAUGUAGUUCCUCUGCCCAGUCCUUCUGACUUUAUAGACCCUGGGACCAUGUGCCAGGCAGCUGGAUGUCAAACUGGAGUGACAGAUCCUACCUCAUAUACAUAUACACUGAGAGAAGUUGAAUUGAGAAUCAUGGAUGUAGAGGCCUGUAAAAUCUUUAGUGAUUAUGACUAUAAUUUCCAGAUGUGUGUGGGCAGUCCUGAAAGGAAGAGAUCACCAUAUGAGGGAGACUCCGGGGGGCCACUACUGUGUGCUGGUGUGGCCCAUGGUAUUGUAUCUCAUGGACGAGAAGAUGCAAAGCCCCCUGCAGUCUUCACCCGAAUCUCCCCAUAUGUGCCCUGGAUUAAUACAGUCCUAAACACAAGUAGCUGAAAAGCCUGACCUGCAGGAGUCAGACUCUCCAAGCCUGAGCUCAUCUGGUACAUUUUGGGUUAAACAUAGCCUGUCCCAAACAGUCCCUAGACU